AUGGGCUUACAUAUAUUCCGAUUACUCUGUAAAAUCCUCGUCGCAACUAUCCUCUUCCAUGGCUCGUGCUACUCUGAUAAAGAUGGACAGUAUACAUUUAUGAAAGAUGCAAUAGUAGCACCAACUUAUGCUUCCUUCGACUACAUAGUCAUCGGAGGAGGAACCUCCGGUUGUGCUUUAGCCACAACGCUCUCUCAAAACGCCAGUGUUUUAGUUUUGGAACGUGGCGGCUCUCCUUAUGACAAUCUAACGGCGACGGACCUCGGUAACGUCAUACCAAGCUCGUGGUCACAACCUUUCACCUCCAAGGACGGCGUUGACAACCAACGGGCACGUGUCCUCGGUGGCGGCACAGUGAUAAAUGGAGGAUUCUACACACGUGCAGGUGAUGAUUACGUGGCAGAGGCUAAGUGGGAGAUGGAGGAUGUGGAAAGUGCUUACGAGUGGAUCGAGAAGAAACUUGUGUUUAAGCCACAAGUCAAGGGAUGGCAAUCGGCGUAUUUAAAAGGGCUUUUGGAGGCUGAUGUGACUCCGUACAACGGUUUUACGUACGAACAUAUCAACGGGACGAAGAUCGGUGGUACGCUCUUUGACAUCGGUGGCCAUAGACACUCGGCGGCAGAUCUGUUAAAGUAUGCUAAUCCGGAUAAGAUUGUUGUCUACUUGAACGCUACAGUUCAUAAGAUCCUCUUUACCACCAAAGGAGACCAAAAACUUAAAGCACAUGGAGUGAUAUACAAAGACAGAGAUGGAGUGUUCCACAAGGCAGAACUGGCGGAAAAUGUAAUGAACGAGGUGAUUUUGUCUGCGGGUGCUCUCGGAAGCCCACAGUUGUUGAUGUUGAGCGGUGUAGGUCCGAGGGCUCAUCUUGAGGCCCACGGGGUGAAUCCUGUGGUCCGAGAUCAUCCCAUGGUUGGAAAAGGGAUGGGAGAUAAUCCGAUGAGCGGUGUUGUCAUCCCUUCUCCUCUACCUGUAGAAAUGGUUCCCCCAGCGAACGUUGGGAUCACCAAGUUUGGUAGUUUCGUUGAAGGCGCGGCACUAGACUCAUUAAGUCAGACACCCUCCAUCAAAUCAAAUAGUGGUUUGAUCGUUGAGAAAGUUGAUGGACCGGUCUCGAGAGGUUACUUGGAGCUUCAGAACACAAAUCCAGAUGAUAACCCUUCCGUGAAAUUCAACUACUAUCAAGAGCAUGAGGAUCUUGAGAAAUGUGUUAUAGGACUUGAAACCAUUAUUAAAGUGAUAGACUCGAAGGCUUUCUCAAAAUAUAAGUAUCCGAAUGCUACCGCAAUUGAACUUCUCAGUCUCAUGCUGAGCCCUCAGACCGCAGUGUCCAAUUUGACGCAGUAUUGCAUCGACACUGUGAGGACUAUUUUUCAUUACCAUGGAGGUUGCCAAGUUGGAAGAGUUGUCGACAAGAACUACAAAGUCUUUGGCAUUGAUUCCUUAAGGGUUAUCGAUGGAUCCACGUUUCUCAAGUCUCCGGGGACUAAUCCGCAAGCCACAGUCUUGAUGCUCGGAAGGUACAUGGGACAGAAGAUUAUUCAAGACCGAGUUUCUUUCGGGGGGAAAUAA